AUGGCUCCCAAGCCCCAGACUAGGACAGACUCGCCUUACGAACUUUUGAAGAAUCAUGGGAAUGUUCCCCAUCUCAACUCGGCGUCUGCUGCGGCCUUGGGUCAGGACUUGAUCGAGGAGCUCGCCACGCUCUAUUUUGACACUUACCAGGGCGGCUUUCCUUAUCUCUUUCAUCAGCCUAGCUUUCUGGACAAUGUCAGAGAUGGGUCAAUUCCUCUGAUACUUUUGUAUGGGGUCAUGGGCUUGUCCGCCCGCUUUUCCACCCAUCCCAGUCUCCGGGCAACCAACCCCUGGGAGCGGGGAAUGCCAUAUGCAAAAGAAGCAGAACGUCUGCUCGACCUCCACACCGUAUCUCUGACAACAAUCCAGGCGUGCAUGUUGCUGGCCCUGAAUUUUGUGAACCAAGGCGAAUCAAACACCGAGUGCGUGUAUUUCGCAAUUGCCGCCCGCAUGGCGCUGCUCCUGGAUCUUCCCAACGCCCCGGCCAACACCCGACUCGAGCAAGAAAUCAAUCUAAGAGUUUGGUGGUCAAUCGUCACGACCGACACGUGGUGCUCAGCCAGCCUCUGCCUCCCCAGAGCGAUCAAGCCCCAGGAGAACAUCUCGUUACCGGUGGAUGAGUGGUCCUUUGCGCAGAUGAGUCGAGAUCAACCUUCCAUCCCCAACUCUCUGGUCGAUCACACUUCGCAUUCGGCACUGGCUCACCUAGUAGAGUUGAACAAGUUACUCUAUGAGAUCCACCGCCUCAACGCCAUGAUUGUAGACGAUCACUUGUCUGAUGCUGAGGCACAGCACUCGACAGAAUCCCUCUCCUCUUCGCUCCAAGGCUGGGCCUCUUCCCUGCCCCCGCAAUUGCAGUAUACCGACGCCAACAUGGCGCGUUGGACCACAGAUGGGAUCUGCAAUAUUUAUGCUGCCCUCCAUAUCAACUACAACCACGCAGGGCAAUUGCUAUUCUACCAGUUUCUUCACAUAAGUGAAGGGGCUGAGGACGGCUACCUUGCAGCCAAGGUCUGCGCGAAUCGGUGCAAACAGCACGCUGCGAUACUAUGUGACUUGAUAUACAACGCGAGGGAAAGGCACGGAGUUGACCUCCGAUACAGCCUGCUCGGUCACAUACUAGUCAUAGCCUCGACAGCACAGAUCCACAGCCUGCUGUUCAGUGUAGACGACGGCGAGAUUUCGCGCGCCAAGCUGCGUCUUGAGCGAAAUUUCGAGACCAUCACUCGCCUACACACGUACUGGCCCAACGUAUCUGCUUCAUUUAGCCGGCUUGCUGCCUUCCACAGUGCGUGCCUAAAGGGUAGACAGACCUCGUUCCGGCUCGACCGCUGGAUGCUCCGCUUUAUGCUCCAGUUCUCGCAGCCUAUAGACGAGAAGGAAGAGGAUAUGAUAGCGGAGACGGAGGGGUUGAAGCCAUUUGACCAGCUUCAGAACCUUCCUUGUCUCAUUAAGCGCGCUUCUAGGCUCGCGACGGCUCUUGUGCUGCUCCUCGACAGCAUAGCGGAAGCAUCCAGUUCUCAUGGUCAUGGUACCUGCCGACUCCCCGGGGCGCCUCACCCCCGUCCUCCACCGCCGGAAGAGCCGAUCUCAAUCGUCGAGCUCCUCUUGCCCCCAUCCAUCGUCGACGACUCUGUCGGUGCAUGCACAGACUCGAUCAACCCUCGCCGGACAGGCUGUAUCAAGAUUGUCCUCGGCGACGACGACUCACUCCCACAAGGCGGCACCUUUACCCCAGACGGGACAGCCAUCGUAGCAACGGUCAACUACACUGGGGCCCCGGCUGAACCGCAUCCAGCCAGCAUCUACAGCGGGGUCCAGACCAUCCUUAUCAAGACAGACAACACCAUUUUCCCCAACGGCGAUUCCUGGAAGUGCAUUACCUGUGGCGUCCCGCUGGCCAACCAACUCGGCACUGACCAAGAGCUGCAGGAUUACCCGCGCGUCUUCAAGGAUGGGAAGCGGUUCCUGGUUGGAACCAACAUUAUCUAUACCGGCGGCUACCGGGUGGAUAGCGCCCUGGUGACCCCGAACAACACCUACAUUUACCCCAUCUACUGGCCGACAACAGCCGACGGGUCUGGCCCUUCAGGACCCAUGCGCGAGCUACGCCUUCACCCGGACGAUACACACCUCCCCUGGAGCAGCUUUGCAGGCAGCGACCAGAAUGGCUUCUACGGCCGACUGACGUUCAAGUCGGCUCCGACGACCGGCGAGCCCCGCCUUCCGCGCUACGACCUCUCCAGCGUCAACCUCAUCCGCCCAAAGAACGGCAAACGCCUUCUCACUGGGAAGCACAACCGCCAACUCACCCUGGACUUCUCCGCCCUCGAGGUCGGCGAGCUCCGCGGCUUCAGCGGCUCCGGAAACGAGCUCCUAUACAUCGGCUACCCCUGGGAAUCAUGCAAUUUUGACGCCUUCGCCGUCAACAUCCGCACGGGCGCCGUCCGGCGAUUGACCGCACACCCAGAGUACGUCGACCCUGUUGACAUGUCCCCCGACGACAGGUGGACCAUUGCACUGGACACCCGCGCUUCAACCCGCAACAUGUUCCUCGCUGGCAUGCGCGGCAUUCCACCCAUAAGCGACCUGGUCACAAGCUCCGUCUGCGCCUCCAUUCGGAACAAUGGUUACCGCCGCUUCUUCCAGCCGAUCCUCAUCGACCAGUAUGGCGAUCGCGGUAGCUACUUUGGACAGAUCAUCAACGCCGCAGGCGACGGGACGAACGGCGCAAUCAAUGAUCCAAACUGGAACGCACGCGCGGACCCGCAGUUCUCUCUUGACGGCACCCGCAUCAUGUACUACCAGACCAUUGUCAAGUCCCCGGCCUGCGGCGGUGCGAACCCGCUCCCCUGCCCCGUCUCCAACGCACCCGACGGGCGCACGACGCGGAUCAUGCUCGCAACAUUGACGAGCCGCGCCCCUUCCCCCGUCCCAAAGUAUAGAAUGGGUCCCGACCGUAUUCCCUGGGCGAUACCCUACACACCAGGCAUGGCCAUCCCCGCGCGCGACACCACUCUUUCAGGGACCUACACGUACAAGGGGAAGUUCUGCGGGAGCGCCGACGUAUCAAUAAUUUCGGCCGCAAACUCUACCGUCCCCAGUCAUGUAAGCGUGGAGUUUCACAAUCUAUCUGAUGACGGCGAGUCGACGCUGAACGGGUACGAGGAUAUUUCGGUGACAGCGCUGGAUACAUGGGUUGUGCAGAAUGACUGGUAUUCGGACAUUGUGCAGACGGGCAAAGUCAAUGGGACCAAGAGGACGGGCCCCGGUGGGUUCCAUGUUGUGAUGGAUGUUACAAAGAAUCAUUUCAAUGCCACGGGGGAGCUGGCUACUGUACUGGAUGGGGAGGUGUUUGUGCAGCCGGGGAACUUCAUGUAAUGGGCCUCGACGAGGUCUCUCGGCUUCUCCUGGCCGUGCUCGUGGUGCUGGUGCCGGCUGUGGGACGACAUGGGACAAUCAUAUCGGAGGGGUUUAUUUCUGGCUCCAUAGCGUCCUUUUCAAUGCACACAUUUCUCAGGCCAAUGAUACUACAAGCACACGCAGAGGACGGUCCUUUUCUUGCCUCCCGGAUUCAUUCCCCAACAGAUCUAUCCAAACCCGGCGCGGGGGGGCACAUACACUACCACUCCUUACCCUCUCCUCGGAUCGAGCCAGCG